CAGUUUGCUAAAUUAACAACAUUAUACCUACAAUAGCAUAGAACGGCAAUUUAGUUUUUCGAUGUAGCCUAGUCGUUCACUUGAUUUUAUGAAGUUUGUCAGCAAAUGAUUGUAGCUUGGAUUCCACUUUAGAUUUGAUCAGAAAAGAGUAGCUCCCUCUCUUACCUGUGUUCUACCUAUCCUCCUCACUUUCACUCUACCUACCGGCCAAUAACAUAUUAUAGGUAGUACCGUUAUUCGAGUAGUGAGAUGAGGGCUGGAAACAGGAAAGCACCUUUUCCUGUGGCCGCUGACGACACAAGAUGUGACACAGAGCUGAGCGCCGUGCCGCCCAGGCAGCGUCCGUGCGCAGGCAGGAGCCAUCAACAUGUUCACCUGAACAGUGAAAACGGGGCUCGCAAAUGUCCUCCUAUAAAACCCUACCUGCGGCAUUUAUCUUUACAGUAUUAUUGGCACAGAUUGCGGGAAAGUAUUUGUUUAUUUUAAACCUAUCUUCAUUCUAGAGCAGACGGGGGAAAAGACUCCAAUAUACGCUGCAGCAAAUGGCAACUUGUGCAGUAACAAAUUACAACAAUGUUGUGGAGGGCCAGUCAGACUCUGAUGAUGAGGACAAGCUACACAUAGUGGAGGAGGACCCUGAUGGUGACAGCAUGGUGCCAGAAGACGCCUCAGUAGUAUUAACCCAGAACGGUACAGAGACGCACCAAGACACUUGGGAUGGAGAAACACACCAACUUCAACUGGUAAUGACACUGACACAUCAGGCAUAUGCAAGAGUGAAGGAGGACUGUGGCUCUGAAGAGGAGGAUGAGGAGGAAGGGGAAGAGGGGGAGGAGGAGGAGGAUGGGGGUAAGGAUGCCCUGGUAGAGGAGAUGCUACAUCAGGGGGAUACAGCGGUCAUCUACCCCGAAGCUCCAGAGGACGAGCAGAAGAGCAUGCCUGAGAGAAAGGUCCCAGACGAGAAUGGCACGCCAGACGCUCUUUCCCAGCUCCUGACCUGCCCGUACUGCUCGCGGGGCUACAAGCGCUGCACUGCCCUGAAGGAGCACAUCAAGCUGCGCCACGAGAAGAGUGAGGACAACUUCAGCUGCUCCCAGUGCAGCUACACCUUCGCCUACCGCACACAGCUGGACCGUCAUAUGACCCAACACAAGACUCAACACAAGGAACCUGUACAGCGCCACGUGCCCCAAACCACGACAACAACAGGGGGGAAUAGGAAGUUCAUGUGUACAGAGUGUUCCAAGGCUUUUAAAUACAAGCACCACCUGAAGGAGCACCUGCGUAUUCACAGCGGAGAGAAGCCAUACGAGUGCCCCAACUGUAAGAAGCGGUUUUCUCACUCGGGGUCCUACAGCUCCCACAUCAGCAGUAAGAAGUGUGUUGGCAUGGUGCCUGUCAACGGUACCCCCCGACCAGUCAUGAAGGCCUCCCAGACCCCCACCACCCAGAACCAGCUUUCCAGCACUGCCCCCGUAGCCCCUACCCGACUGCUCCUCCGGGGGGAGAAGACAGAUGGCAAGCCCCUUCAGGAGCAGCUCCCCGUCAACCAGAUCAAAUCAGAGCCGGUGGAAUAUGAGUACAAGCCGGUGGCGGUGGGGCCUAACGGGGCAGCAGGGACUAACGGGACAGUGUUUACCGGUGGCGUGGCAGUACCCCAAGGCACGGCGCUGCCACAGGGCAUGGUCCAAGCGGUGGUACUGCCCACCGUUGGUUUGAUGUCUCCUAUCAGUAUUAAUCUCAGCGACCUGCAGAACGUACUCAAGGUGGCCAUGGAUGGGAACGUGUUUCGCCAGGUGCUGGGGACGGCCAACGGGCUGGUGACGUCCAAGCAGGGGGUGGUGGGGCAGGCUGGGCAGCAGGUCAUCUCAGCCAUCAGCCUCCCUGGCUUCGUGGACCAGGACGGAACCACCAAGAUCAUUAUUAACUACACCCUGGAGCCCAGCUUGGCCCAACAGCCCAGCGCACCUCAGCUCCUCAAGAAGGAACCUCCCCCUGCCCCCACCACCACAAACCCAGAGCCAGCCUCCAAAGUAACAGAGAAACUCACCCAGGACCUCAGCAUCGUCAAGACCGAGCAGCCCGACUCUGAGUCUGAGAAGGAGAUGGAGACAGAGGAGGCUCAGACCGAGGCAGAGGCAGAGCAGAGUAAGGAGGGUGAGACACCAAAGGCCCAGACAGGCAAGACAACAUGUCUGCUGUGUGAUGACUGUCCUGGUGGUUUGGAUGCACUACACAUGCUCCAGCACUGUAAACCUACCAAUGGGGAGGGGGGCAAAGGCAGCCCCCUGGACCCCUCUAUCGCCGCCCUGCUGGCAGAAGCAGGGAUAACACCAGGCCAGCCCCCUCUGAAGAACCUGCUCUCCCUCCUCAAGGCCUACUUUGCCUUAAACGCAGAGCCCACCGAGGAAGAGCUGACCAAGAUCUCCGACAACGUCAGCUUGCCCGUGGACAUAGUCAAGAAAUGGUUUGAGAAGAUGCAGUCCGGUCAGAUUACUGUCGAGCCCCCUGGUUCCUCUUCCCCUCUACCUUCAACAGGUCCUAGCACAGAGACCCAGGCGGCCCAGGAGAAGAGCGGAGAGCAGACAGAGGAGCAACUCGCCUCGGCCCAAACCCAGGAGACAUCAUCUUCCCAACCUCCCAACAGUUCCCCUGCCUCCACCUCCGCCUCCCCCUUGGUCUCAGCCUCGGCUCCCUCACCACUAAACCUCUCCUCCAGCGGCCGGGUCAUCGUAAAAACGGAGGAGGACUCGGAGGGCGAGUCUCAAGAUCUUCCCCUGGACCUGUCCCUUCCCAAGCAGCCCCAAUCAGAGCCCCAGGUCCCCCAUGUCCCCCAGGAGCAACCCCUCAACCUCACCUGUUUGAAGAAGGAAACGCCCCAUCCCCAGCUCCAGUCCCAGCUCCAACCCCAGCUCCAGGCCCAGCUCCAGGCCCAGCUCCCAGGGUUCCAAACUCAGCUCCAGGCUCAGGGAACCACCAACACCAUCUACGUCACUUCCCCCCCCCAGAUGGCCACCUCCAGCCCGGUUAACAUCAUGACCACCCAGCUAGUAGCCAUCACCAACCAGGGCAGUGGCGUGCCCUGUCUCAGGGCCAUCUCCACUGGCACCACCAAACGGACUAUCCUUAUCCCCCAGCUUACCUACACAUACACCACUAAAGCAGGCAGCAACGCCACUGGGGCCGACGGAGCCCAGAAGACCGUCAUACUGAAUGGCUGCCAGGAGGAGGAGAAGGCUGACACCAGUUCAGAGAGUGUGUCGGCGGUAGAGGAGCAGAACGACUCGGACUCAGCCCCUCCACAGAAGAAGAUGCGUCGGCUGGAGAGUGGCAUGUAUGCCUGUGACCUAUGUGACAAGAUCUUCCAGAAGAGCAGCUCCCUGCUCAGGCAUAAAUACGAACACACAGGAAAACGUCCACACGAGUGUGGCAUCUGCAACAAAGCCUUCAAACACAAGCACCACUUGAUAGAGCACACACGUCUGCACUCUGGAGAGAAGCCCUACCGGUGUGACAAGUGUGGCAAGUGUUUCUCCCACUCGGGCUCCUACUCCCAGCACAUGAACCACCGAUACUCAUACUGCAAGAAGGAGCCCCAAGGAGAUCAUCAGGUGGGGCGUCGGCUCAGGAUGACCCCCGAAAUGAGCCCCCAAGCAGAGGAGCAGCAGUCAGACAGCCGACCCACCUCCCCUCCCUCCCAACUGGACUCAGACGAGAGGGAGAGUGAGGAGGAGCUGGAGGAAGAGGAAGGAGAGGAGGAAGGCAUGGAAGCCAUGAGCAUGGACGACAUACGAGUGGUGCAGGUGGGCGAGGAUGAUGAAGAGAGUGAGAUCUACGAGGUGGAGGAGUUUGGAGAGGAGAGGCAAGAGGAGGAGGAAGAAGGGAGCAGAGAGGAGGAGGCACAGCAGGAAAAGAAGGAGGAAGGGAGGAGAGAGGAAGAGAAGUCUGUACAGCAGGAGCAGGUGUGUGAGGAAGAUGAGGAAGGGAGAAGAGAGGAGGUGGAGGAAGAAGGGAAGAGAGAGGAGGAGGCACACCAGGAGGAGGGGGAGGAAGAGGAAUGGAGGAGAGAGGAAGAGAGCAGAGAGGAGUCUGUACAGCAGGAGAAGGAUGUGUAUGAGGAAGAGGAGGAGGAGGAGAUGGAGGUACAGGUGAUGGGAGAUGGGGAGGGGGAGGGGGAGGAAGGAGUGGCAGAGAAGGAAACUGUGGUAACAGAGAAAGGUAAGGAAACAGAGGACAAAGAACCGCAUGUGGACAAGGAGAACAUUACAGAUACAUUAGAAAAUGGACAGAAAGAAACAGAGGAAAACAAGAUGAACAGUGAAUGAAAAAUGUUGUGUUGAUAAUGUCAAAUAGCAGGACAGGAAAAUAUUGUCUUGUUGUCAAAAGAAGAAACAAAACAAACAUGGCUGCCAUGUUGAUGCUGUGUUGUCGGUCCACUACUGUGUUCAAACCCAGGUGUGCCUGAACUAGACAAAAAAUAAGUGACUUUUAUUUGUGGAAAAAAAUCAGUGUUACUUAGACCUUGUUUAUAGAAGUAUUAUACAUUUUAAAAGAAGGAAGAAAAAAAACACCCAUGGACAUUUGUUACUGAGAGUGAGACAUCCGAUCCCAGGUCAUUUCUGUUUGUCAGUGUUAUUACUAAUUUUGCAGCUCAUGUUUUAACCUUUUAACCUGUACAGUUGAAGAAAGAUUUCUAUACCUUUUUAUUGCCAAAUGAUGGUGUUUGCUAAAAUCAGUAUUUUAUUGAGUUCUAAAAAAACAAAACAUCUGCACUACAGUAUUCCUGGUUUACCUAUGGAUAAAACAUGCCUCAUGAUGUGUUGUUCACCCUUUAGUAUGAUUAUGUACACACUAGCUAUAGAUCUUCUUUAUGUUAGCUAACCUUCGCAUAGCAUUUUGUUUUAAGUUGGAUUGUUAGCCUUAAGAAGAAAAGAGGCUUCUGGGGUAUGGGUGGGAGGGGGUUAGCCUGAGUGCCAGUCUGUUUGUUCUAUCAUGUUAACUCCUUGUCACUCAUUGUCUUGCCAUGUUUGGCUUGUCAAGGACAGCAAUGGAAUUGGCAAAAGCACAAACAGAUCUGGGAACGGGCUAGGGAGGGGUGAGAGGGUGUGGAUGAUGAUGUGGCAUCUGACGCCAUAACCAAACUGUCCUAUCAGGGAAGGUGUCACAACUUCAAAUCCAGCAUUCUUACCAUGCUCCUCCUUGGUCGUGUCCCAAUAAUCUCUCCUUCCUGAAGUGUAAACUUGUUUAACUUCUCAGGGCUACGUGGGACGCUACCGUCCCACCUGCGGGACACACUAUUCAACAGCCAGUGAAAUAGCAUGGCGCGAAAUACAAAACAGCAAAACAGCAAAAAUCUCAUAAUUUCAUUUUCUCAAACAAUCAACUAUUUUACACCAUUUUAAAGAUAAGACUCUCGUUAAUCUAACCACAUUGUCCGAUUUCAAAAAGGC